CUACCCACUGGCCUCCAGCUGUGCCCACACCUUCAGCACCAUGUCCUGCCGUGCCCGCCACCUCUGCUACUUCUGCGACUACGCCGCCCUCAGCACCUACAGCCUGGGGUCUGCUCUGGCCUACUCAGCCUACGUGUUCCCCCUGGAAUGGGUGGGCUCCACCUUCCACCACUGCUACGUGCCCGUGGCCGUGUUCAACACCGUGGUCAGCACCAGCCUCUCCUGCUACUCCAGGUUCCUGGAGGUGGAAAGUCCCCGGCUCAGCAAGGCCUGGCGCACCCUGGCCUUCGUGUACCCCUACCUGUUCGACAGCAUCCCCCUCUUCUACAGGCUGUACCUGUGUGCCCUGGAGGGCUGCUCCGAGGGCUCCAUCCUGCUGCACUACAAACACACGGGCUGUGCCCUCCUCACCUGCUUCAUCUUCGCCACCCACCUGCCCGAGCGCCUGGCACCGGGCACCUUCGACUACAUCGGGCACAGCCACCAAGUGUUCCACGUGUGUGGGAUCCUCGGGACGCACUUCCAGAUGGAGGCCAUCCUGAGGGACAUGGCUGAGAGGCACAGCCAGGUCCUGCUGCCCUCCUCCCUGCAGACCCUGUGCUCCAUGGGGGUCUGUGUCACCGGGAGCCUGCUCGUCAUCGGGAUCAGCUCCGUGGCCCUGCCCCUCAUCCCGGAGCCUCCGCACAGGGACAAAUCCCACUAGGAUUGGGGACUGGUGGCAUUCCUGCUGCUCCACCAGCACCCAGCAGAGUGUUGGUGUGGACGAGGAGUUUGUUUGCUCCCAGUAUUUAUUGAUGAUCUUCUCAAGGGCUCGAGGAGCUGCACUGGUUUAUCCACUGAGCUUUAACGCUGCAAACGGGUUCGGAGACGCUUUAAAUCCAGUUGUUAUCCCAGGAAAGAUGUAAAAUAUCCUGAAUUUUAUCCGGAAAAAGGGACAGAAGUGCUGCCACUUCCCAAAGCAAUGGGGAUUCACCAGGUGUGCCUUAGGGAGGGGUCACAGGGAACGUGGUGACACCGAGGGCACCGGUUUGGAGCGAUGGCCACGACCCCUGGGGAGGCACGAGGGCUCCCUGACCCCUGUUCUCACCUUCCAGGGGGCAUCAUUUUGGAAUCUGAAGCCUUAAAUGUCCACCUUUCACAGCCUUAAACCCAACCCCAGUGCCUGACAGAUGUGGGAUUGAGGGACUGGUUUAAAAUCUUGUUUUGAUCAACACCUGGAAAAAGUGAUCCAGGAAGAGCUUCCAUGGGGUGUUCCUCCAGAAUAGCUGGUUUGGGGUCUAAUUCUGGCACAAAGGGAAGUAAUUCCUGUGGGAAAGCUGAGCUCUCAUGUUGGCAGAGGAAGUCCAUCCUUUCCUGGUGUUUCUGGAGGCUGGAUGGGCCCUUGGAUGGAGGGGCUGACACAGGAGAGCCAAACCCCCGAACCCCUCUGGGUUUUGGGGUCACUCACGUGGGACAAUGCUUGGAAUGUUCUGUUGGAUGAGGGCUUGGGAUGGGGGUGUCCAGGAGGAUGAACCACCAGCAGAGCAGGGAGUGGGAUCUGGGCAGUGUGGAGUUGGGAGAAAGGCAGGAUUUGGGAUUAGAUACCCGAGGGAUCAAACCCUGGGAUUUUAAAGCUUUCCCAGAGUUAUCCCUCUGCUCCUGCUGUUGCUCCUUGCUUCCCUUUCCUGCUGCUCCUGGAUUUUCCAGGCUCAGAGCCUGGAGGUCUCAGCCUGAUCCAGGAGAGGGAGAGCUCAGCUGGUGGCUCCAGGAAUCCAGGGAAAAUCCCAUUGGAUUUUCCUACAGGAACGAGCGACACUUCUAGGGAAUAUUAUCAAUCAUACGGGUGUUUAAUUAAUGUUUUAAUUGCCUCUGCCAAGGUAGAACUGAUGCACUUUGGAGUGACAACCCAACAGCUCAUUAAAUGUGGGAUCAUGUGGUUAAACAUGGAAUAACUAAAUCCUUUGUUUUGAAAGCUGACCAAGAUUUGUGGGAAUAUUUAUAAGCACUGGAAUGUAAUUGUUUAUUCAGAAGUUUUAUUGCAUUGCAAGAGAAAACUAAUAUAAAUCACUGAUCAUAA